GCGCCCGGCCCUCGGCUCUAACAAAGGCGGCGGCCACACUUGCAGCUGCGCGACGGGAGGAGAGCGCGUUCCGGGUGCCAGCUCCUUCCCGAAACGAGGACGCGGAGGGUGCAGAACCCGUCGAGGGGCUGGUGGAAGGCGUGGGCUCUCUGAGGGACCCGGUCUCGGACUCUAGGAGGGCGACGCCGGAGCUGCUACUUCUGCACCCCGGGUGGCAGCGUCCUCUCCCAAAAAGUCCCUCGCGCCCCCUGGUGGCCACGGAGCAGACUGGCUCCGCUGCAAGUCGGGGAAAUAGCAAAACGAAGAAAAAGAAAAAGUGGGUGAGGCCGAUGCAAAGAGGAAAAUCAAUAGGGAUAAGAGGCAAGAGGGAGGAGCCGCAGAUCAGCCGUUCUCGUCUUACCGGGUCCCAGCUGGCACCACAAAAGAAAAAAAAAAAAAAAAAAAACCCGGGUGUGAGCGCGCGCGGAGGCUCUGUGCGUGUGUGUGUGUGUGUGUGUGUGUGUGUGUGUGUGUGUGUGUGCGCGCGCGCGCGCGGCGGGGGCCGGGCGAGGCACGGAGAUUUACUAUUGUCUCUGGCAGCCGCCGCGGAGCCGGGCGGGGGGCGGAGGCGAGGGGCGGAGGCGGCCGCGGCGGGCGCACCAUUCGCUCCACCUGAUCUCGGGGCGCCGCGCGCGGAGCCGGGCGCGGGCCAGCAGCGGCUGAGGAGGCGGGAGGCCGGCGCUGCAGCCACCGUCGCCACCAUGUCCUACCAGGGCAAGAAGAACAUCCCGCGGAUCACGAGUGACCGUCUCCUUAUCAAGGGAGGCAGAAUCGUCAAUGAUGAUCAGUCCUUUUAUGCUGACAUUUACAUGGAAGAUGGCUUAAUAAAGCAAAUUGGAGACAAUCUGAUUGUCCCCGGAGGAGUGAAGACCAUCGAAGCCAAUGGGAAGAUGGUGAUCCCUGGAGGCAUCGAUGUCCAUACUCACUUUCAGAUGCCCUACAAGGGGAUGACCACAGUGGAUGACUUCUUUCAAGGGACAAAGGCUGCCUUAGCAGGUGGCACCACUAUGAUCAUUGAUCAUGUGGUGCCUGAGCCUGAGUCCAGCCUGACCGAGGCCUAUGAGAAGUGGCGUGAGUGGGCCGAUGGGAAGAGCUGCUGUGACUAUGCCUUGCACGUGGACAUCACCCACUGGAACGACAGCGUCAAGCAGGAAGUGCAGAGCCUCAUCAAGGACAAAGGGGUUAACUCCUUCAUGGUUUACAUGGCCUACAAGGAUUUGUACCAAGUGUCCAACACAGAGCUCUAUGAGAUCUUCACCUGCCUAGGAGAACUAGGGGCCAUUGCUCAAGUUCAUGCUGAGAAUGGGGACAUCAUUGCCCAGGAGCAAAACAGGAUGUUGGAAAUGGGAAUAACUGGCCCAGAAGGCCAUGUGCUGAGCAGACCAGAAGAGCUGGAAGCUGAGGCUGUGUUCCGUGCCAUCACCAUUGCCAGUCAAACCAACUGCCCCCUGUACAUCACAAAGGUCAUGAGCAAGAGUGCAGCUGAUCUCAUCUCACAAGCCAGGAAAAAAGGAAAUGUGGUCUUUGGUGAGCCCAUCACUGCCAGCCUUGGCAUAGAUGGAACCCACUACUGGAGCAAGAACUGGGCCAAGGCGGCUGCAUUCGUGACGUCCCCACCUCUGAGCCCUGACCCAACCACCCCUGACUACAUCAACUCCUUGCUGGCCAGUGGUGACCUGCAACUGUCAGGCAGUGCCCACUGCACCUUCAGCACUGCUCAGAAAGCCAUAGGCAAAGACAACUUCACAGCCAUCCCCGAGGGCACCAACGGCGUGGAGGAGCGGAUGUCUGUCAUCUGGGACAAGGCUGUGGCCACAGGAAAAAUGGAUGAAAACCAGUUUGUGGCCGUGACAAGCACAAAUGCUGCCAAGAUCUUUAACCUCUAUCCGCGCAAGGGGAGAAUAUCCGUGGGUUCUGACAGCGACCUGGUCAUCUGGGAUCCAGAUGCCGUGAAGAUCGUCUCUGCUAAGAACCACCAGUCGGCUGCAGAAUACAACAUCUUCGAAGGCAUGGAGCUGCGUGGCGCGCCCCUGGUCGUCAUCUGCCAGGGCAAGAUCAUGCUGGAGGACGGCAACCUGCACGUGACCCAGGGGGCUGGCCGCUUCACCCCCUGCGGCCCCUUCUCGGACUACGUCUACAAACGCAUCAAAGCCAGGAGGAGGAUGGCAGACCUGCAUGCCGUCCCGAGGGGCAUGUAUGAUGGGCCCGUGUUUGACCUGACCACCACCCCCAAAGGGGGCACCCCUGCGGGCUCUACCCGGGGCUCUCCCACCCGACCCAACCCACCUGUGAGGAAUCUCCAUCAGUCGGGCUUUAGCCUGUCAGGCACCCAAGUGGAUGAGGGGGUCCGUUCAGCCAGCAAGCGCAUCGUAGCGCCCCCUGGAGGCCGCUCUAACAUUACAUCCCUGAGUUAAGCACCCUCUCCCCAAAGGGGGGACAGAAGCAAGAUGAGAUUUUUCUGAAGCCAAAAUGGUACACCAAUAUUUAAGAAGGAAAGCAAGUCCAAACGGUUGCGAUCUAAAGAAUCAAUAAGCCUCAAGCCUUAUGUUUCUCCAUGUUAAGCUCGCUUGCUUAGCUUUACGAAUAUUGCUUUGUUUUCUGUUUAUGCAUAGCCUUGAUUUGUUGGACCCUCCCCGCCCCCAUUUACAUGCAUGCAAUCAGACAGGCCACUAAGGUAAAAGAGUCUGCUAUAUUCUAGUGUUGAGAGCGUGUGUAGUGCCGCAUCUUACGACAAGGGGACAGACAAGCUGGGAGGUCAGGGAAAUGGACAAAAGGGACGCAGGUUAUUUGGGGCGAGUGGGUGGUGGGAGCCCAGCGCGAGGUGGAGGGCACAGUGGAGACGGGGUCGGGUGUGUAGGAGGGAGGCGGGUGGGCCGGGUGAGCAGAAGGGGUGUUGUGUACUGUGUUGAUGAUGCACGUUUAUUUCCACGGAGGGGCCACCAAUGGCAGCUGUCACUGAGGUCCCCUAGAGUCUGCAGAGAAGGUAGGCUAGUCUUUGGGUUCUGGAUUUGUCACGUCCCUCCCUAGUAGAUUUUGUUUCUUUGAACGUUUAUUAAAACACCAAAAACCCAACCAGUUCUCCCACCUGCUUGAUUAUGCCAGCGUUUGUUUGGGCCUCUUUCUCGGUGUUGCUUUCAAAUCCUCCUCCUUCCUGGGUGGGGAAGGUUGGAUAAGGAGGAGCAAAUGAUACAUCAUCUCUUCCUCUCAUCCUCCCUGCCUCUUCGGUGCUCUUAAAAAUCAACAACUGAGGACACAGCACAGGCUCCUGGGCGGAGGGCAGCAGAAGCCGAGAUGAUCCUCCCUCUACCAGGUGCUGGGGAGGCCGUUGGGUGGCAUCUGCCUUGGGACUUUAGCUCAGAUGGGCAAGUGAAGGACCUCUGCUGCCAAUGGUGGGCACGGGGUUCUCUUGCUCUGCUGAGAUCCAGGCACAUCAGCAACGGCAUAGAAUUUUUUAAUCAAUUUUUCUUUAGUUCCCUAACUUUUACUACUAAUAGGUAGUCUCAACUUAUAUGGGAAUCAAGCAGAGAUUUGGGAAAGUCAGUCUUAACCAGAGAGAGUGCUUUCUGUAAGCCUGGUUCCGCUUAUCAGCUCUAAGCCAUCUGUUUCCUCCUGCAUUAGCAGAUCCUUGGGGGAACCUUGGUUUUGGUACCAAAAUCCCAGAGUGAGUCACAGUGACCCGUGACAUGACGUGGUUUCCUGAGGGGGGUGGGAAGGGGAUUAGUGGAGCGUUUGCAUCACUUGUCUGGUAGUGCUGAGUGUCCAUUUCCUUAUCAGGCCACUUCUGAAAACUCAGUUUUGGAGCAGAUUCUGAAUGAGCCACGGGGUGGAGAGCAGAACUGAGACACUGCCUUCCUUACGCAGGAAGAGCACCUUAAGCCUGGGCUCAGACUUUUGUGCCCUGGGGAACCCAGCGGGUGGAACCCCAUGUACUAAGUACUUUGAAGCGAAGAGCAGGCCUCAUACACCUUUUAAGUGCUUAGGAGAAACCAUUGCCUCUGGCUGCAGUUGUUUUUUGUUCUGUUUCUGAUGCUGGGGAUUAAACCCAGGGCCUUGCAUGUGCUGGGCAAACCCUCUGCCGCUGUGCUGUGCCCCAGCCCUGACUGCAGGUUCUAAUGAACUAAAGAUCAGAGAAAAGUGAUCGUUUAGCUAAUGAGAAUGUAGACAUAGCUAAGAAAGAGCAGUUCCCCUAGCAAGCCACCUUCUGUUCUAAUCAUGAAGAAGGCUUUUUCAUCUUCUCAUGGGGAGUCUUGCUAUUUAAGGGUCUCAUGGUGCUUUUCUUUUCAGGAGGACUUUAGUCAAAAAGAAAAAUAUAGCUUUACUUCAUGAUUCAAACAUUUGAGAGCCUACCAGGGAUCUCAAAAUGACUGUUGUAUACAGAGGCUGAAUCUUAUACCUCAGUGGCCAGGCUGGUCUUUAGAAAGGGUGCAGUACCAGCCAUGUCCACCAGGUGGAAGAAGAGACACGUGAAUGAACUGUAGUGUGCGCAUCGCGACUGCACCAUCCACACUGUACUGGCCGGAGCCCAGCUCAUCCGUCCAUGUGCUCGCAUUCCAUGAAGAUAAGUCUUGCUUGGGCCGACUGCGCUUCGGCAGUGCACUCGGGACUUCGGCAGUGCACUUCCGAAAAGCAGCAUGCAACCAGAACUUUUCCGUUCUGCGUGAGCUCCCCAUGCUAUCUCAAAGUGCCCUUGGGAUGAGCCCCACUCUCUUAGGAAGCCUCCCUCCUUCACUCGCCAUUAAAAUGUUCAAGCAAAGAGAUUCCUGAGGAUUCCUAGAAAACUCCCCCUUCUUUUCUUAAGGCGGGUACUGAGUAACACAUUAAGUUAAAAUUUAUACCCAAAUUUGUUCCGUUCCAUAGACCCAUUGAACAGCCCUAUGCGAAGGGCUUAGGGGUAGGAAAUAACGUGGCGUCUCUUCCCAGACCUGCUGGCCUGUCACCCAAGUGCAGGGGGGUGCACUGCAUCCUCUGUCUCAUCCCCUGGCCUGACUCCCCCGGGAGGAUGGCCCUGCCACUCCCCAGCUUCCCCACCUUCUCAUCCCGCCAGAGCGCUUUGGUGAGGGGGCCGCAGGGUGGGUGGGUAGUUGACAGUUUAUCUGUAGAACUGCUAACUAGCGAUUCCUUUUACUCUGACAAAUGAGUGUGGUCAUAGUCAUGCCUCAAAUGGCUUUUCAUUUCGAAGUCCACUCACUGUGGCGAUAUUUUCCCUGGCUGUACCCAGAAACUCACCCUCUUCUUCCAAAGCCUGAAGCCCCGGCCUGGGCUCCAUGCUGCUCACCGUGAGACGCCCCUUUCAACAGGGCCGACACUUCCCACCUUCGCUUCCUGCCACAAGGCUCCCAGGGCCCCGCGCCUAGACCGGCCCAGCAUGAGUCCUCGCUGCACUCGCGGUCUGUCGGGGCAGCCGGCAUCCUCCCGAGUUCCCCCUUGAGAAGUGGUGUGUGGGUGUUCCGUCCUGUGUCUGGUGGGUGUGAACAGACAGUGACCCUCCCUGUGAUCUGUGCUAGCUGUGCGGCAGCUCACGAACACAAAGAGCUGUCGGGUUUGAACCGUGAAGAAAACCGUGUAUUGAGUUAGCUGAGAUUAAAGAAAAAAAAAAAGUUCAUCAAGUGACUGUUCAUGUAAACCUGGUUAUUAAAAUAACUGUAAGAUUA